AUGUCCACAAAAGAUUUGAAUGAAGAAAGUGAUGACGUACCAUCAGUAGACCCUGUCGUUUCAGAAACAGUCAGUUCUGCUUUAGAACAAUUGCAACUGGAUGAUCCAGAAGAAAAUGCUACCCCCAACACAUUUCCGAAUGAGGUCUCACAAAAUCCUCAAUUUUCUAACGGUUUACCAUCUCAAAUGUUGCCACAUCCGCAAAUGAUGGGUGGAAUGGGCUUUAUGCCUUAUUCUCAAAUGAUUCAGGUCCCUCAUAACCCUGGUCCAUUUUUUCCGCCUCCUGAUUUCAAUGAUCCAUCAGCUCCAUUGAGUAACUCGCCUUUGAACGCAGGUGGUCCUCCAGUGUUGUUUAAAAAUGACUCUCUUCCUUUUCAAAUGAUCUCUUCCGGUGCCGCGGCAGCAGAACCAAGUGGACAGAACUUGAAUCCAUUGAUUAAUGACAGUUCAAUGAAGGUAUUACCUAUCUCCUCAGCUGAUCCGUUAUGGAUUCCUUCAAAUGUUCCAGGAUCUGCAUCUGUCGCCAUUGAAGAAACCACCACUACUCUACAGGAAAGCUUGCCACCCAGGGGUACGCAAUCCAAUAAUAAGUCUAGUUCGUUUAGAAGGCAAACUUUUCAUGCUUUAUCACCUACUGACCUUAUUAAUGCAGCCAAUAAUGUAACCUUGUCAAAGAAUUUCCAAUCUGAUAUGCAAAAUUUUUCUAAGGCUAACAAACCAUCUGUAGGAGCUAAUAAUACUGCAAAGUCUAGAACUCAAUCCAUAUCUUUCGACAAUACGCCCUCCUCGACUUCAUUCAUCCCCUCGACCAAUAGCGUCUCUGAUAAAUUAUCUGAUUUCAAAAUUGAAGAAACCUCAAAGGAGGACCUAAUCGGUAAAACCACUUCCGUUAAAAACGAAAGUAGUCCUACGACAUAUGCAGCAGCUUAUCCAUAUGGAGGACCUUUGCUUCAACCAAAUCCUAUUAUGCCAGGCCACCCACAUAAUAUAUCCUCACCUAUUUAUGGAAUAAGAUCACCCUUCCCUAAUUAUGAAAUAGGCGCGCAACUCCAACCAUUUUCCCCAAUUUUAAAUCAUGCAAGUCAUUCACUAAAUGGAAACUCUCCAAUUCCUUUAACUCACUCUCCAAUUCAUCUUGGUCCAGGUUUAAAUCCUAAUCCACACUCAGUGGGCUUUACAGAUAUUAAAGAUGAUAGCGGCAAGCCCACUACCGAUAACGACAAGAUCGGUUCAAAUGUGAGAAUGGAUUCGAUAAACCCUAAUAUGGGUCCAUCAAUACAGCCGUUCCACAUAUUACCUCCUCAACAGAACACACCACCUCCCCCCCCUUGGUUAUAUGGCACUCCACCUCCUUUUAACACAAUGAUUCCACCUCAUUUAUUGACUCAGAAUCAUCUAUCAUUAAUGAAUAAUGCCGGUAAUAAGCACCAUAGCCGUAAUAAUAUGCCAAAUCACAAUAACAACGAUAAUGGUGGUAAUUUUAAUUACUACAAUAAAGAUACAAAUCGUUCUAACGUUGGUAAGAUGAAAAACAUGAAAAGCGGUUAUACCGGCUAUUAUGGUAACAAUAAUAACAACAGUAACAACAAUAAUAGUAAUAACAAUAAAAAUAAUAGUAUUAAUAAUAGUGGUGCCAACAGUAACAAUAUGGAAAAGCAGCGCAAAAUUGACGACUCUUCCAGAUUUGCGGACGCUGCCUUAGACCAAUAUAUUGGGAAUAUUCAUUCGUUGUGUAAAGACCAACACGGUUGCCGUUUCUUGCAAAAGCAAUUGGAUAUUCUUGGUGGUAAAGCAGCAGAUGCUAUUUUUGAAGAAACCAAGGAUUUUACUGUUGAACUAAUGACUGAUUCAUUUGGUAAUUAUUUGAUCCAAAGGUUAUUGGAAGAAGUUACUACAGAACAAAGAAUUGUACUUACAAAAAUAUCUUCUCCCCAUUUUGUCGAAAUAUCUUUGAAUCCUCAUGGCACUAGAGCACUACAAAAAUUGAUUGAAUGUAUUAAAACAGAUGAAGAAGCGCAGAUUAUUGUUGAGUCCCUACGCCCUUAUACUGUUCAAUUAAGUAAAGAUUUAAAUGGUAACCAUGUUAUUCAAAAAUGUUUGCAAAAAUUAAAACCUCAGAACUUCCAGUUUAUCUUUGAUGCUAUUUCUGAUAGCUGUAUUGAUAUUGCUACACAUAGACAUGGGUGUUGUGUCUUGCAACGUUGCUUGGAUCAUGGGACCAGAGAGCAAUGCGAUAUUUUGUGUGAUAAAUUGCUAGCCCUUGUUGAUAAGUUAACUUUAGAUCCGUUUGGUAAUUAUGUGGUUCAAUAUAUAAUUACUAAAGAGUCUGAGAAAAACAAAUACGAUUACACUCAUAAAAUCGUUCACCUUUUGAAGCCGAAAGCUAUUGAACUCUCCAUCCAUAAAUUUGGAUCGAAUGUGAUAGAAAAAAUUUUGAAGACCCCUAUUGUUUCAGAACCAAUGAUUCUGGAAAUCUUAAAUAAUGGUGGUGAGGCAGGUAUUCAAUCAUUAUUGAAUGACAGUUAUGGUAAUUACGUUUUACAAACAGCAUUAGACAUAUCCCACAAGCAAAAUGACUAUCUCUAUAAAAGAUUAUCGGAGAUUGUGGCGCCUUUAUUAGUAGGACCCAUAAGAAAUACACCGCAUGGUAAAAGAAUCAUCGGAAUGCUACAUUUGGAUUCAUAA